AGAACCACAAAAAAAUGAUUAUAACUACAACAAUAAUAAUAAUUGUGAUAACAAUGAUGAAUAUGAUAAUUAUGACAUUGUGUAUGAAAACAAUCAUACCAAUAAUAGAAACCAAAAAGUCCCGCUCCGCGUAACCACCACUGCCAAUAAUAAUGAGUCAUGCCUGCGUAACUACCAUGCCUAG